CUCAGUGUCCAGUGUCAGUGGCUUCUAUAAUAACGAGCUGUGCGCUCCCAUAAAUAACUAUAAAAAUUAUGGAAAAAUUUGUGAAAGCUAGUUGUCUCGGUAAGCUGCUCUUCAAGAAGUCAUCGCCACAGCUUGACAAGGACAAAGCUAUUGAAGUUGAUAAGGAUGAAGGGGGUACAGUGAAGCUCAAUGCAAGUGCCCCAGAGUUUGUGCCGCGAAACUACAAAAAGGGAGAAAAGAAGGAUGCCAUGACCCAGGUAAAAGCUGGCUCUGGUGAGGACCUGGGGGCUCUGGAGGAGGAUGAAAUUGUAAAGCUCUAUUGGAGGCAAUUUCCAAAUUUGUCAAUGAAAGCUGGUCAAGUGGUUCUAUUGAACGACAGGGAAUACACAAUUAUGCCUUGCCUAAAGGCAGGCAAGAAGAUCAGAGAGUACUGCCAUGGAAAUCCCAUAGAUUACGGCAAGGAGAUGGUAACCAGCACUUCUCCGUAUGAGGAGCGUCUCUUAAUACUCGAGAAUAAGCGCCAGGCUGUCCAGGAACAUCUUCGUUUUCAAGAACGACAGGUGGCCCUGGAGGCCCUUAUGUUGGAGGAACAGCGACGUUGUCGACGUCCUUUCUUCCCCAAUAAUAUGAGCGGAGCCAGCUUAGAGUCACCGAUGUCAGUUAUCCACCUCUCGCACUCUCCGGUGCGGUAUACCGCCCAGGAGAGGAUGCGCGUGGAUAAUCUAAGAUAUGCGAAGAAGGAGCGCAUCGAGAGGAUGCUACGUGAAAUGGGUGGGGAGAAAAAUCAGCAGCAGCAGCAGCAGCAGCAGGAAAAGGAUUCGUCAUCGAAGCGUUAUAUACCCACAGCCAAGGAGUGGGACGAGCAGCUCCAGGCCAAGCUUAGGGGCAAUCGGCAGGCUAAGCCGAAGGCAGAGCGGAAGGAAGUGGAGUUACCUGUGGCUGUGCAUCAUCCGGAUGCCAGAAAUCGUUAUCGUCUGCCGGGUGAGCGGCGCAACCAUAACCACGGCACCAAUACGAGAUCCUUGCCGGACUGGCCCUUACAGAUGCCACAGAACAGCGAUAAUGACAGGUUCGUCCUGCGCUACGCCAUCGAGGAUUUGAGGCAACUUCAGCCGCAGCCCGAGGAUUUGUAGAUGAUCAACAAGUAUGGGAUUUCAGCUUUUAGAUACUUUACACUCUCAGAA